CCCAUCAGGCCCUUCGCGGGGAAGAUGGCGGCGCCCAGGUAGAGGUCUUGAGGCGAGGGGGUCGGUAUGGCGUUGGUGUCGUGGCCCGCUUGGCGGGCACUGGCUAGCUCUGGACAGCUCGGCCUCGGAGGAUGCGGAGCCCCCAGACGCGGGGCUUACGAGUGGGGCGUGCGUUCCACGCGGAAGCCCGAGCCCCCUCCCCUCGAUAGAGUGUACGAGAUUCCUGGACUGGAGCCCAUUACUUACGCGGGGAAGAUGCACUUCACGCCCGGCCUGGCGCGGCCCGUCUUCCCGCCCUGGGAUCCCGGCUGGACUCACCCAAAGUUCUACCGCUCGCCCCCCAUUCACGAGCAGCCGCUGUACAAGGACCAAGCCUGCUACAUCUUCCACCAGCGUUGCCGGCUCCUUGAGGGUGUGAAGCAGGCUCUCUGGCUUACCAAGGCCAAGCUCAUAGAAGGCCUUCCUGAGAAAGUGCUGAGCCUUGCUGGCGAUCCGAGGAACCACAUAGAGAGCCAAGAUGAGCGUGUGCUGAACGUGAUCUCCCACGCCCGUCUCUGGCACUCCACUGAGGACAUCCCCAAGAGAGAGACCUACUGCCCAGUCAUUGUGGACAGUUUGAUCCAGCUGUGUAAAUCCCAGAUCCUCAAGCAUCCUUCUCUGGCCAGACGGAUCUAUACCAAGAACCACACGUUGUCUGCCACCUGGAAUCGAGAGUCUCUUCUCCUUCGGAUACGUGGUUCCAGGGGAGCCCAACUAAGUGCCAAGGAUCCUCUGCCCCCCAUCGCCUCCAGGGAGGAGGUGGAAGCUACUAAGGAUCACACCCUUGAGACCUUCUACCCCAUAUCUCCCACGAUCGAUCUGCAGGAGUGCCAUGUUUACGAUGUGAAAGAUGACACAGGAUUCCAGAAGGGCUAUCCUUACCCCCAUCCCCAUACCCUGUAUUUCCUGGAGAGAGCCAAUUUACGGCCCCACCGCUUUCAACCAGAUCAGCUGCGGGCCAAGAUGAUCCUGUUUGCUUUCGGCAGCGCCCUGGCUCAGGCCCGGCUCCUCUAUGGGAAUGACAGCAAGGUCCUGGAGCAGCCCAUAGUGGUGCAGAGCGUGGGCACGGAUGGGCGGCUCUUCCAGUUCCUGGUGCUACAGCUGAACACCACAGAUCUUGACUCGAAUGAGGGCAUCAAGAAUUUGGUCUGGGUGGACUCAGACCAGCUCCUCUAUCAGCAUUUUUGGUGUCUGCCAGUGAUCAAAAAGAAGGUGGUUGUGGAACCUGUUGGACCGACUGGUUUCCAGCCAGAGACGUUCCGGAAGUUUUUAGCUCUGUACUUGCAUGGUGCUGUGUGAGUGAGGACCACCCUGGGGCCUGAAUGCCCCUGAAGAACUGCACCCUGGUGGCCUGGCAGCCUGGCCCACUGGUCUCAUGGCAAUAAAGAGGUCUUGCAUUGCU